GUAGUCGGUUUAAAGCUGUUCCUUCGGUACGACCGUCUUCUCUAUAUUAUAAGAAGUUUCAAUAAUUUUAUCUCUGUCUUAAGUUAGUGUCAAAACUGGAAGGAUCAGGCUGAGACUCUGCUCUACACUGUUACUUAAAUCGUAAUACUUAAAUCCGUAAGCCUAAAUUGAAAUAAAAUGAUUUCAAAUCUAUACACCAUGAGGUAUUCCAUUGUUUUAUUUAUUAGUGUUAUGGUGACGUUCAUCUGUGCAUCAAAAAAUGACGAUUUCGAGUUAAAAUUGUUAAACGUAUUAUUUAGACAUGGAGAUCGAACGCCUGAUGACAGUCGAUUUGAAAAAUAUCCAAAUGAUCCUUACUUAAAUUAUAGUUUUUAUCCGAUGGGUAGAGGACAAUUAACAAAAAUAGGCAUGCAACGAGAAUUUAGAUUAGGUGAAUUUCUUCGAAAAAGAUACGACGAUUAUUUCAGUACGAUUUAUAUUCCAAAAACUAUCGAAGCUAAAAGUUCUGAUUACGAUAGAACAAAAGCAUCUUUACAACUCGUCCUAGCAGGACUAUUUCCAGCUAAAGGUAUUCAAAUAUGGAAUCCUAAAUUAAGGUGGCAACCGAUUCCUACGAAAUAUAAUUCAAGAGUCAAUGAUAAUCUUUUUCUCGCAGACGAGUGUCCUCGAUAUUUAGACGAAUACAACAAAGUGUUGGAAUCUUCCGAAUUUAAACAAGAAAGUGAACAAUACAAAGACUUGCAAAUUGAACUAACUAAAUAUACUGGAAAAAAUAUUUCCACUCCUUGGGAUAUUUAUUAUAUGUAUCAUACUUUAAUGGCAGAGUAUUCUAUGGGUCUUCCUUUACCUGCUUGGACGAAACCAUUAUUUCCGAAUGGUAGACUUUAUAAUGGCACUCUUUAUGCUUAUAAGAUUGCCAAUUAUAAUAAAUCAUUAAGAAAAUUAUACGGAGGAGCCAUGCUUAAAGAAUUUAUAAAGAAUAUAGUUGGAUAUGUAAAUGGCACUUUUGAAACGGAUAAGAAAUUGUUUUUAUAUAGUGGUCACGAAACAAAUAUUGCCAGUUUAUUGUAUAGUUUGAAUAUAUUUAAACCACAUGUUCCUGCAUAUUCCAGUAGCAUUUUUAUGGAACUUUUGUACAAUGAAGGAUUAUAUUAUGUCAGAGUAUUACAUUAUCUGGGAAUUCCACUCCAGCUUGAAGUACUUCAACUUCCAGGUUGUGAAGACAUAUGUCCGUUAGAUAAAUUUUUUCAAUUGACUAUUGACGAGGUACCUUCAGACGAAGAUAUGGUUUGUGAUAAAACACAAACUGCAGAUUAUGCUGAUCAAAAGUAUGAUCCUAAUAGGAGUACAUAUUUAUAUAAUUAUAUAAAAAAUUAUAAUAAUAACAAGUUGUGAGAUAAAUCUAUAUUGUUCAAAGUAAUUUAAUGAUAUAUAGUAAAGUAUCUUUGGUAUUAUCCGAAAAUUAGUUUUAUGCGUUAAUAAAUACGAAUUUCUUGUUUA